AUUCCCAGUCUUUUCAGUCUCUCUUCGGAUGCUGCGAUAGAAUUAUCGAAAGAGAGCAAUGGAAGCUGAUGCAGAAAUUCUGGAACCAUUCCAUCUCCAUUUCUCUGAUCUCAUGCAAUUGUCUUCCUCCUCCUCUUCUUCUUUUUCUUCGACUGAGCUUGAAAGGCUCGAUUCUAUCUCAAGGACUAUAAUGGAAACCCUAGGACCUAACGGUCCCGGUCUUCUGGCCAUUACUGGAGUCCUUAAAUCUUCUCAGCUCCGUCAAUCUCUCCUUCCGCUCUCCCGAAAGCUUGCGCUACUCAGUAACGAUGAUCGUCACCGGAUUCUCAAGGACCAUGGCUUAGGAAGCGAUGUUCCUCUGAAGAAUCUGGACAGAAGCGUCUCAUCUUUUGCAUUAAAACUGAAAUAUGUACAGAAUCCGAAUCUAGAACUCUCUUCUGGUGGAUCAAACUUUGGGGAUGAAGGCAGUUGCAUCAUAAAGGAAAAGAACCCAGACCUGGCUUCGUUGGAUAAUGAAUUUAAGAAUCUUGGAAGCAGUUUUAAGGAGCUUGGAUUAUGCAUGAUGGAACUUGGGCUCUGCUUAGCACGGGUAUGUGAUAAGGCCCUUGGUGGUAAAGAGCUAGAGCAGAGUAUACUGGAGUCUUGCAUUGCAAAAGGGCGUCUUAUACACUAUCAUUCCAUUCUGGAAAAUCUUAUUCUUAAAGAAGUGAGUAGAGCAAAAGGAUCUAGAAAGGGGCCAGCUAAAUAUCAGUUGCAACUUAACUGUGGAGCCAGAAAAGCAGAUUACUGCUUUAGGGAAGCGCCAAACCCAACAGACAGCCUGACCUCUAAAGGAAAUGAAAGAUCCUGCAGAGCUUCUCUUUCCAACUUGUGGCAACAGUGGCAUUAUGACUAUGGCAUUUUUACUGUUUUGACAUCUCCAAUGUUUAUCUCUCAAUGCCAUUCUCCUGUAGUCGAGCAAGUGUGUCCUUCCCCAAGUGGGCACACGUAUUUGCAAAUAUUUGAUCCCAACAAGAAUAAUAUCCUUAUGGUAAAAUCGCCUCCUGAAAAUUUCAUUGUUCAGGUUGGCGAAUCAGCUGAUAUCUUAUCAAAAGGGAAGCUGCAUUCCACCCUUCACUCUGUUUGCAGGCCAAUAGAUCAAGAUAAUUUAAGCAGGGAAACUUUUGUUGUUUUUAUGCAACCAGCAUGGAGCAAAACUUUCUCAAUCUCUGGAUACCCUACAGAAAACUUAAGAUCAACUGGGCAUCAUUCUGGUUCUUGUGUUGAGGAAGUCCAAGUUGCUGAGCAGGAAACGCAGAAACUAUAUCAACAGAUUCAUGAAGUAAUUCCACCGCUAUCGAAACGCUUUAAGGAUGGGAUGACAUUUGCAGAAUUCUCACGUGAAACUACCAAACAGUACUAUGGUGUCAAGGGUCUGCAGUCCAAUACAUAG